UGUUUCUCGUCACUUUUGAUGCACUCUGUAUUUGUCUUCCUCCGGAACUACAGCGGAUGACCCCUCACCCAGGUCACAUCUUCGCUAUCGAUAAGCUCGAUAAGCGACCAAAUUUGGCCCACCUCCUCACCUCUCCCCGCCGGUUGCCGCCAAGCUUUGGCCCACCAUCUCUGCAAAGCCUUCGGUGUGCAUUGACCACCAACCUUAACAAUUUCGCACAGCCCUAAGCCCACCAGCUCAACCAAUUUCUGGAAUUUUUCCCAAGGUAGGUCCCGACCGUGACGACGCCAAUUUCGACCAUCACCCGACAUCAAUACCGUCAAGAUGGUUGCCGCCAAGAAGCACAUCCCGAUCGUGAAGAAGCGCACCAAGCGCUUCAUCCGCCACCAGAGCGAUCGCUUCAAGUGCCUGGACUCGGCAUGGCGCAAGCCCAAGGGUAUUGACAACCGGGUUCGGAGACGGUUUAAGGGCAACCUGGCUAUGCCCUCGAUCGGCUAUGGCUCCAACAAGAAGACCCGCCACAUGAUGCCCUCGGGCCACAAGGCCUUCCUUGUCAGCAACGUCAAGGACGUCGAGCUGCUCCUCAUGCACAACAAGACUUAUGCCGCCGAGAUCGCCCACAACGUCUCCUCGAGGAAGCGGAUCGACAUCAUCGCGCGGGCGAAGCAAUUAGGUGUCAAGGUCACCAACGCGAAGGCGAAGGUCACGACGGAGGUCUAAGCGGUGGGCGACAACCAUGGGGCAAAUUCUUUCUGUGUUUUGGAGCAUCUCAGGCGGUCUCAGGGAAAGGUCUGGUAUUUGUCUGCGAUUGCCUAGCACCAACCGAGCUAGUGAAUACAAUUGCAGCCUCCUUCGUCACGGGCCAACGGGCAGCCGCCAGC